AUGGAAUUUAAUUUUCUGAUUCUGGGUCUUGGUGGUGACGGAUUAUUGCAGAGAUUAGUUCAACACCAGCCGACGCAGUAUCCGACAUCAGAAGAGUUAAGCAUUGGGAAAAUCAAGUUCAAGGCUUUUGAUUUGGGUGGCCAUCAGAUUGCUCGCCGAGUUUGGAAAGAUUAUUAUGCCAUGGAAAGAUUCAAAGUCCCUGAGUGCAUGGAGUCAAGUUUGGGGAUGUUUGUGCCUCCAUAA